AUGCAGUUCACCAAGACUCUCCUCCUGCUCGCUUCGGCCCUGGCCCCUGUGGCUUUUGCUGCUGAGGCAGCUUCUGCGGUCACGCCCACAGUGACCAAGACGUUGACUCUGGUGCCCUCGGGCUACACUCCGUCUAGCUCGACCCCGACUCCCACCUCGACCCCGUGCUCGACUGUCACCCCGUCCAGCACUCCGGUCUCCUCGAGUGUGUCCUUCACUCGUGCCCCCAGCUCCACUCCCUUGAUCAAGCAGACGACCUCUACUGUCGUCGAGCAGAACACCCAAACUGCCGCUGCCGCCGCUACCUCUGCCGCCGCCUCUUCUUCCGUCGGGAUCAAUGGUGCUAUCUCCCACCAGCUUCCCGCCGGCUUGGCUGCCGGUGUCAUGGCUCUCGCAGGCUUUAUUCUGGUUUAA